AAUCUUAUAAAGCGCAAGCAGGACAUCAAUAUUACCCAAAAAUUACGUAAAAAUAUUUCUAUAUAAAGUCAUGGAUCCAAAAAUAUUUUCUCUGACUCGAUAGUCAUGGUCCUGUCGCUUUCCACUCCACCAUCUGUGCCGCGUACUUCGUAUCCAAAACUUUACUUAAAAGCAAGCAAAAAACUUCUCCAGCCUCAAUUUCUUUUACUCAUCUUUGCCGUUAGCAUCGGCUUGUUUGUUACUUGUGUUGUCUUAGUUGAUUUUCAAGACGACGACGAUAUAUUUUUGGAAGACGAAGAUGGCGAUGACUAAAAAACCCUUUGUUGAUUCUGAUUCUAUUAAAGUUGCAAACCCUGUGGUACAAAUCUCUACAAUGAAGUUUGAAAAGGAAAACACGGUUUUAACACUUACUUUCAAAAAAAUUUGGGAGAAUGCCAUAAACACCUUGCUUACUGCGCUCGAGAAUAUUUUAUUAGAUGAGAGCGGAAUGCCUUUAAAGUUGAGUAGCACUGAAGUGGACGAGAAUGCCGAGAGAAGAACAAACUUAAAUUCAAUGCCGGUAGAGAACUUCGAAAUUCCUUAUGGUAACUUGUCACCUCUUAAACGAAAACGUGAGGAGGAUAAUCAACGUAAAAUCAAAGCACAAAAGAUUUCAAAUUCUUUAUCUUCGAAACUAGCUAGAUGUCUUUCCUUUGCAGAAGAUGAAUUGAAUGAUGGAGAAUCAUCAAACACGCAGCAAAGUUCUUUAGACUUUACAUUUGUCCCGUCAAUAAAUUCAUCAAGCUUAUCUAAUCGUAAUUACAAACAUUGUUCUCGUCGAAUUUUUGGUGGCAAGUGCAUUAAACAAUCGGCUAUAACUAGCUGCAGCACUUCUGAUAUGGAAAUAACCGAUAAUUUCAUGAGUGAUUUAUCAGGCGGGAGAGAUAAAUUAGUUCAUGAGCCUGCUAGGAUGCAAAUGUUGCGUCGUAUAUUAUCACAUUCUAGUAAUGAAAAUUAUUGGGAUGUUUCAAUGACUGAUUGGAUUAAAUUACAAGCUCAGAAAAAGAAUAUUCCAUUGAUGGAUUUUCAAACCCAAUUUCAAGAGAGAUGCCAUGAUGUGGAAACAUCUCUCAAUAUACUUCAUAAUUCGAUUCCAAACAAUUAUAAUGAUAUCCAAGUUUUAAUUGACAGAUUCUUGUUGAAUGCUGAUUGGCUAAGGUCAAAUCUUUCCACAAUGGCAAACUUUGGAAAGGAAUUUAGAAAAUAUUGUUCAAUAUGUUGAGAUAAUUGAAGAUAUGAAAGCUACUGUGAAUUCUGAAUACCCUAAAAGUGAGAACAUUGGUUCAGAUUUGAAACGAAUUCAAGAAGUUUUGGAAUUUAAGAAAUCUUUAUAUGGAGAGAUUUUACAACAAUCUGGGUUAGCAUGGAAAGUCUUCGGAUUUCCAAUAGAAGAGACUUGGAUUUAUGCGAUUAAA